AUGCUUUCACGUACAAUCAGAUCAGUAAGUCAGAAGAGACUUUUGUCUUCUUCCAGAGUAUUGCUCAACCAAACCACUGCCACUGGAACUGAAGUUAACAGAAAAGUUAAGACUGCUAACGACUUGGCUGAAGUCACCGGUAAACUUUCAUUGAUUGGACCAGGUGCCAAGCCAGGUACUAUCCCAACUGAUUUUGAUCAAGCCACCGGUUUGCAAAGAUUGGAACUUUUGGGUAAGAAAGAAGGUGUGGAUGUUUUCGACAUGGAAAUGCCAAUCACCGAAGGUAAAGGUACCAUGGAGGACCCAUUCUUGGUGCCAACCUACAUUGGUUACAGAUAUGUUGGUUGUAAAGGUACUGCUGAGGUCGACCACAAACCUUACUGGAUGAAGGUAGAGGAAGGACACGUGUCUAGAUGCUGGCGUUGUGGUACCGUUCUUAAGGCUAAGUACUUGGGUGAACCAGGUAUGGCUCAUUAA